UAAAAAUAUUCGUCAAAGUACAUGAAAAAUAUAACACAACUUUAAUACGUUCCUAAAUCAUCAACUUGAAAAAUUCAAAUUGAGUACUAUCUUGUACAAAAAGUAGCGCUACAUGCUACUUUCCAUGUACACUAUUUUUUUCAUCGUGGGUGGCAACCCUGCAAUAUCAUAAGGACGCGCCGCUCGUUCCAUACGUGAAUUUUGUUGUUGUCCAAUUGUGUGAAUAAAUUACUUAACAAAUUCGAUUUUUUGAACAAAAUGAUAUUAAGAAUUAUCACAUAAAUUCAUUCAUCCAUUUUAUUUGAGUUGAAAAAUUUAUAUCUGUGAUUAUAUACCAUGUUUUACGCUCAUUUCGUGUUAGCCAAAAAGGGCCCACUGGCCCGUAUUUGGUUAGCAGCUCACUGGGAUAAAAAAUUGACAAAAGCUCAUGUUUUUGAAACAAAUAUUGAAAAAUCAGUUGACGGUAUCCUACAACCUAAGGUUAAAAUGGCUCUUAGAACAUCAGGACAUCUCCUUUUGGGAGUUGUUCGUAUAUAUUCUCGAAAAGCCAAAUAUCUACUGGCUGAUUGUAAUGAGGCUUUUGUUAAAAUAAAAAUGGCAUUUCGUCCGGGUAUGGUUGAUUUGCCAGAGGAACAUAGAGAAGCUGCUGUCACAGCUAUUACAUUACCAGAAGUAUUUCAUGAUUUUGAUACAGCCAUGCCAGAGCUAAAAGAUGUUGAUAUUGAAGCACAAUUUAGUUUAAAUCAAUCUAGGGUUGAAGAGAUUACAAUGAGAGAAGAUUAUGGGAAUCUCUCAUUGGUUACGCAUGAACAGGGUUUUGGAGAUAUGAGUUUUGAUGCAGAACCACCAGAAUUAUUACGACAUGGUUCUACAACGGAAACUCCAUUGGAUCAAACACAUAUGUUAUUUGCUGAACCUGGGAUGGAAUCUACAUUUGAAGCUAAAGAAAAAGAACCUAUAGCAGGAACUUCAGCAGCCCAGCCAAUGGAUAUAGAUAUGCCUAUAAGAGAUGAUGGAUUUGGUGGACGUUUAGGACAAGAUAUUAUAUCAGGUGGACUGUUUGAAGGAGGACUUUUCGAUGAAGCUCCUAUGGGUGAUGUGCCUGUACCUGAAGUAAGCGCACUAGCUGAACAAACUGAUGGUGGCGCAGCAGCUGUCAGUGCGCCUUCGGUUCAUGAUGAUUCUGACGAAGAUAUGGGUGAUCAUUUCGGUGGACCAACAUCUCCAAUGGGUGGAAUGAGUAGUGAAGAAUCUAGACCAACGACACCUGUAGCUGAAGGAGAACUUCCAGGUAGAACAAGUGUAGCCAGUCGUCGAUUUACUCCUGUUCCACCUACAAUUCCAGAAGAACAUGUAAUGGAUAUUACUGAAGAAAUCCCAAGAGCAGAUCAAACAACGUUGUUACAUGAUGAAGAAGAAAGUUUUGCACUAGCACCUGUUGAUACAUCAGCAUUAAAAGGAUUUACCAAAGCUAAACGUAAACGUAAACUUAUUGUUGAUGAAGUUAAGAAUAUAUCUGGAGAAGAAAUGAAAGCACAAUUAUCAGAUACUAGUGAUAUUGUUACUACAUUGGAUCUUGCACCUCCAACCAAGCGUCUGAUGCAUUGGAAGGAAACUGGAGGAGUUGAAAAAUUAUUUGCUCUUCCUGGAAGACCGAUUCCUGCUCGCGUACUCUUUAAAAAUUAUCAACGACAUCUAACUAGUAAAUCUUAUGAUCAUGAAGAUUUUGGAAGAAUGACUGGUGAAGAAGAGUGUAUUUCUCUUGAACAAAUGCGUGAUGUUGAAGUUGAACAACCUUCAUUCGAUCAAACUACUGUUAGUAAACGGCUUAGCCGUAAAAGAAAAGCUCCUGCUGAUGAAGAACCAUUAAAAACACCUGGACCUUCUCAAGUAUCAAUAGAAGAACAGCCUUUAGAGCAGCUAUCUGCACUUGCACCUCCUCCUUCACUACCUCCAUCAGAAUCCCCUCUUCAUUCAGAGAUAUCAAUGCCAGCAGAACCUUCAAUUUCUCAUAUAGAAGCUUCUUCGCUAGAAACCCCAGAUAUGCCUGAAAUUCCACCAUCUGAAGUUAGUUCUCUUCUUGGAGUUACUUCUGAAGAACCUUUACCAUCGAGUUCAAUGCAAAUGGAAAAUAUGGGAUAUGAUCAAGCACAACCACUUUAUGUAGGGUAUGAAGAAGGUCAAGCUCCUGCUCUUACACCAGGAGGAAUUUCUGAAAGAGGUCCUGCUACUCCUUGGACUCACGAAGAUUAUGAAUUUCCGCCGUCUGUUGGUCCACAAGAAGAACAACAAGUUGAUGAAACAUAUGAACAAUUUGAAGAACGUGUUCUUAAUAAACGAGCAAGCCAUAUGUAUCAUGUGAUCAAAAGUAAAUUAGAAAGUAAAGACACGCUAACGUUGGGAGAAAUGACUUUUAGAAAUGUCCGUAAACAGGCAGCUCAAAAAUUCUAUACUCUCCUAGUUUUGAAGAAAUUCCAAGUGUUAGAAUUACAUCAAUCAUGUGCUUAUGCGGAUAUUUACAUAACCAAAGGCGUCAAAUGGGAAAAUCCAUCAUUAUAAAAUAUAAAUCAUCAAUUAUUAUUUUCUACUAUUAUUAUAUUUACGAGAUAACACAAAAGAUUCUUCGAAAACAGAUUCUUUUCACAGUUGAAGACUUUUUAUCUAUUAUUAUUAUGAGUUAUAAUUUACAUCUAAGUUAUAUUUACUACAAAUAUUUAUCCUUUUUCAUUAAAAUAAUGCUUUUGAUGAAAUAUUGAGUAAAAUCUCAAAAAAUAUAUAUAUUUAUUAAUUUUCGUUUAUAUUUUAUAAGUGAUGAAGAAACGUUAAAUAAUAAAUUAGUAUACACGCUAGUUAACAAAAAAUAUAUUUGUAUGAAAACAGAACAUGAUUGGGAUUCUUUAAUUUCUCAUAUUAUAAUGAACAAUCAAUCAAAUUAUUUGCAUUACAAUGCUUAAAU